AGAAAAGAAAGUGAGAAAGGCAUAAGGAACAGGGAAGGCGAGGGAGGCAGUUAAAGGCCAUGCCGCAGGCCCAGCUGCUCACGGGGCUCGGCGUUUGGCUUAUAGCGGCCUUGACUCAACUCAGCAAAGGUUGAGCACAGUGCUAUGGAGCAUACGGGGCGCACGGUGGAUGAUGCCCGGAAAAACACAGCAUUGUGGGGUGGUGCCCCCCAAUAUGACUAUGUCCAAUUUGAGCAUUGCACCAGUUAUGGUCUCCCAUCGGAAGCGGGCCACGAGACCGGGGGGACUGGGGAUGACGUGCGUUACCAGGAGAAGGCCUUCAACCAUGCUCAGCUCUAUGGCCAGUACACAGACCAGCUGCCCAGCCUAUCUAAGAAGGAAGCAGCCCAACUCCUGAGCGAGAAAAAGCCCCAAGGUAAUGGCCAGAGUCCAGUGAAGCGGAGUAGUCAAGCUGAAAUCAAAGAGGAACGAUACUCCAAGUGCCAUGCCUGCGUUAAACGCAUCCAGAAGUAUCUUACCAAGAAGCUGGGAGAAGACUGGAUAUUCUUGGCUCUCUUGGGCCUUGUCAUGGCCUUGGUGAGCUGGGGGGUAGAUUAUGCCAGCGCCAAGAGCCUACUAGUUUACAAGUGGAUUUACAAGGAGCUACACCCAAGCAUCCCGAUGCAGUUUCUGGCCUGGGUGACCUACCCCCUCAUCCUUAUCCUCUUUGCUGCUGUCUUCUGCCAGCUAGUCUCUCCGCAGGCUGUGGGUUCUGGGAUCCCUGAGCUCAAAACUAUUAUGCGGGGAGUAGUCCUCAAGGAAUACCUCACACCUAAAGCUUUUGUGGCCAAAGUAGUAAGCCUGACAGCUGGUCUGGGAAGCGGAAUACCUGUUGGGAAAGAGGGCCCCUUUGUGCACAUUGCUAGCAUCUGUGCUGCUGUGCUCAGCAAGUUCAUGUCCAUCUUUUGCGGCGUAUACGAGCAGCCAUAUUAUUACACAGAUGUCCUGACUGUGGGAUGCGCCGUCGGGGUUGGCUGUUGUUUCGGGACUCCACUUGGAGGUGUUCUCUUCAGCAUCGAAGUUACUUCUACGUACUUUGCAGUCCGGAAUUACUGGCGCGGGUUUUUUGCAGCCACAUUCAGUGCCUUUGUUUUCCGCGUUUUUGCUGUCUGGAACAAAGAUGCAGUCACCAUCACAGCCCUGUUCCGAACGAACUUUCGGAUGGAUUUCCCUUUUGAUUUGCAGGAGCUGCCCGCUUUUGCUGUCAUAGGGAUCUGUUCCGGAUUUCUGGGAGCGUUUUUUGUUUACUUCAAUCGGCAGGUGGUUUUGUCUGUCCGACGACAUACAGCUCUAAGUAAAUUCCUAACCAAAUACCGCCUGAUAUAUCCAGGGGUUAUAACCUUCCUGAUAGCAUCUGUGACAUUCCCUCCUGGCUUUGGGCAAUUUAUGGCUGGAGAGCUGAUGCCCCGAGAGGCCAUUAGCAGCCUCUUUGAUAACUACACUUGGGUCAAGCACACAGAAGACCCCCAGAUCCUGGGGAAGUCUGCGGUCUGGAUCCAUCCCAAAGUCAGUGUGUUUGUGAUCAUCCUUCUCUUCUUCCUCAUGAAGUUCUGGAUGUCUGUCAUCGCCACUACCAUGCCGAUCCCCUGCGGAGGCUUCAUGCCUGUGUUUGUGCUGGGGGCAGCCUUUGGACGUUUGGUGGGUGAAAUCAUGGCCUGGCUUUUCCCUGAUGGAAUAAUCUUUGACGGCAUUGUUUACAAAAUCUUACCUGGAGGUUAUGCGGUGAUUGGUGCUGCAGCUCUGACAGGCGCAGUGAGCCACACGGUGUCCACAGCAGUGAUUUGCUUUGAGUUGACAGGACAGAUCGCUCACAUCCUGCCUAUGAUGGUGGCUGUCAUCCUGGCCAAUAUGGUGGCCCAGAGUUUGCAGCCAAGCCUGUAUGACAGCAUCAUUCAAGUAAAGAAGUUACCUUACCUACCAGACUUGGGCUGGAAUCAAAUCAGCAAAUUCAACGUCUUUGUUGAGGAUAUUAUGGUGUGUGAUGUAAAAUUCAUCUGGUCUAACUGCAAAUACCGGGAUCUCCAGGCUAUCCUGGAAGGCACAGAUAUCAAGGCCUUUCCUUUGGUGGAUUCUCCAGAAUCUAUGAUUCUCUUGGGCUCGGUGGAGCGGCCAGAGAUCCAGAAUCUUCUGCUUAGGCACCUCAGUCCAGAGCGACGACUGCACCUCACCAAGGAGACGUUCCAGAAGUCAGAUGAGGCACCAUUUGAUGAUAAAUCUGGAUGGAAACAUGAAUCCUUCGCUUUUGUGGAUGAGGAUGAGGAUGAAGAGGAGAAGACUGAACUCCGUCAGCUGCCCCCUUUAGCCUCAAGUCACCCAGAAGAACCUAAUGGCCCUGUGACUCCUCACAAGCCUUUGCCAGAAACACCAGCUUCUCAAGAAACUGCAGGCCAGAGAUUCUGGCGACUGACAAGGCAGCUCCUGUGCUUUUACCACCCUCCACCUCAACCAGAGCUGGCUGAACAGGAUUCAACGGACAUUGUAGAUACCAUGAAGCCAGAGGAGAUAGAAGCUUGGGAGGAGGAGGAGUUGGAGAAAGAGGUGUGCUUUGACAGCUGCCGGAUAGACCCUUCUCCCUUUCAGUUGGUGGAAAGGACAUCUCUGCACAAGACACAUACUUUGUUCUCUUUACUGGGCCUCACUCAUGCCUACGUAACCAGCAUGGGGAAGCUGAAAGGUGUGAUUGCGUUACCAGAGCUCCGGAAAGCAAUCGAAGGCUCCACAAGCUCUGGCGUCCAAUUGCGCCCUCCCCUUGCCAGCUUCCGUGAUACCACCCAGACCUCGAGCAAGGAGCAGGCUAAAUGGUCCACACAGGCAUGGAGCAAGCCCAACAGCAACAAGACACCUGGGGGAACUACAGUGGACUCAGGAACAGAUACCUCAGUGGCCCCCAGUUGUCCACGCCCACAACCAUCUCCCAGCCCAAAAGAAAGGAGAGAAACACGCUCUGUAUCAGUUGCUGAUAUGGAACUGGAGGAAAUGGAGCGUGCUGGCCCAGCUGCUGAGAACAUCUCAGAAAUCCUGCAGGACCUUGACCUGCACUCCUCCAAUCUGACUGAGGAUGAGGAAGAUGAAGAUGUGCCACUAUAAUUGUAUAGAGAAGGGGGCCCAACCCACCCCCUUCACUCCUGCUACUUGUGCUUCAGGGGCGAGUCCUGCGGCCUGCCUGCCCCGCUCUUGCAGAUGGUGACCCAUGCCAGAGGACUUUGGCUAAGUGGACUGGCUCUCUCUUCUGCCACUUUCAACAUGUUGAGGUGGUAUAUGGAGGAACCUGGGCUGUAGAAACUUGGGGAUAUACCCUCUCUUUAUGCCUUCUUUGAAAAUGGUGAUAAAUGUAUGUGCGCUGUUUCACAUUGCUGCAUUCCCUGCUGGGAGAUGUUCAUGGGAAAAGAUGAGGUAAUUUCCCUUCAGUUGGAGCUGCCUGCUACCCCCGUUGCCAACAGCAUUUUGUAUCUGCUCCUGUUUCCUCUUACCUUGCUUGAUACAACACCUGCAGCCUUGUAGCAUGGUCUGGUGAAGAGACAGGAGGAUUUAACAAAGGGUUGGUCCAGCAGUCGAGAUCAUCCAGCCCCUUUUAGGAGUGUGUCCAGAAUGAGAAAAUCUUCAUCUUAUGUGAUUACUUUUUACGAUUUUGCAGUGCCUUUUCCUUUUGCAUAAGUGUCAAACUGAUCCUCCCCUCAGAACAGUUUAAUACCUUUCAAAAGUCUGUCUCACUUCCUCCCUUGAGACAUGUUCUGCCAGACCCCUGACCUCUUCCCUACCCAGAAAUCUCCAUUCACCUGUUCCCACGGGGGCGUUUCUUUUGAAAUGAGUGGAAGUAGAUGAGAAAAACGAGAAGCAGGACUUAUUUUAGGCCUGUUCAGAGUUAAGUGAACAUAUGUACAUCCUGCCUGUACAUGCAUGCGUCUGUUUCUGACAGCCAACACACAUUCUCUUUACAAAUGAAACCGGGGACCAGUACCUGGAUAAAUGUGUGGUUUAAAUCUCCUGUGCAGAAUUGUAACAUGAGAAUUACUGAAUGCUCAGAUGAAGCAAAAUCAAGUGUACACUGCACACAGAUUGUAAAUGCGUUCACUGUAAUUAGUUAAUGGGGCUUCUAUGUUAAUGUGUGUGUGUUGGGGUGGGGGUCUCUAUGCCCCACACACUGGAGAAAGACAAGGUAAUAGCAGGAAGGGAGUUUGCUUCGUCUCAAUUACUUAAUCUGUAUAUUUCUUCACCACACUCAGGGCUUUCUUGAAAAUGGAAGAUUCCUGUGCCUUGAUUCAGUGGAGCACACGGGGAGCAGCUGAGUCCUUUUAAAAAAGCGGAAAUCCUCCCAAUUAGCUGUUUGGCAAGGGGGAAGGGCAGAGGGUGUAUAAAUUAAGCCUUCUCACCAGGGCAAUUCUGCAUGCAGCUCCAACUGAUGGAUUGUAGAAGUGACCUGCAUGCAAAGCCAGGCGGGGGCAUGUUGUUCCCCAUGAAGCUAGGGGGGUGCACCCAGAAACCAGAUUCUGCACACAUAGCAGGACUGGGGGUGCUAGUUAUGAGCAGAAUGGCAAAAUCUCUAGAUUGGCAGAUCUCUAGAUUGUGUAAGGCUCCUGUUUUUCUGCCAAAUCAUGAUUGGAAUUUUGUUGUUGUUACUGGUAAAGCACUUGUCUUAAACAUAACAAAUCCAGGUAAGAAAAUGGGGUUGAUGGGAAAUAAAGAGGGCUACUGCUUCUGAAGGGUGCACUGCAAAUUUAUGUAGGUUUUUUUUCCAGCAGUUCAACUGUCAUUUUGAUCCCCUCUUCCAAAUUCUUCAAAUUGUCAUUGGGUGAGGUUGCCAAGAAUCCUGUUAAGAGAUCCUUAGCAUGCCUUUACAAUCUAUACUUCCCAGACAAGACAGAAUGACUACUGAGCACUAAUCCCUUUUCAUUCUGCAGUGUAAAUCUAGUACAAGCCCGUCCCCGACUGAAUUCACCCUUCUUUCUCUGCUGCAUUGGUAGGCUUUCAAACUCUGGGUUGGGAAAUUUGUGGGGGCUUGGGGGUGGAGCCUGGGGAGGGUGGGGCUUGGGAAGGGGCAGGGUAUAAUGCCAUAGUCCCAGAGGUGUGUGUGUGUGUGGGGGAAAUACCUGCUCCGGGCGCUCCCCCCUUGCCCCACUUACCUUAAGGAGCCUGCGGUGGGCUGAGGGGAGGAACAUGGGGGGCAGUUCUCCACCCCCACAUGACCAGCUGGUGUGUGCCCGGGGACAUGUGACCCCACAUGUCCCUGUGAUGCUCCGCCUCUGCAUGUAGCUAUCUCUGUAAUCCAGAGAUCAUCUUGUAAUUCUGGGCUUUACCCAGAGGUCAGCAGCCUUACCUCUGCAGCCAAAGAGGUCCCUGCUGUUCCAGUGCCUUCUGAGUGCAUGAAUGGCCCUCUAGUAUUCCAGAUGCAGCUCCCAAACUGAAUUUGGCCUGUUGACUGGAAGAGAGAGGAAGCUGUUGUGUUGGCUGGGCUCCUGCAAGGAACUAUCCAUCUGAAGGAGCACAGAGUUUCCCUGUCUACCUCACAGUCCUGCCAACAUGUGCCAGGAGAAAAAAACAUAGCACUUGUGGACUGCCAACUUUCUGAACGUUGUUGUAUUGAGAGAGAUACAAACAAAAUUACACCAAGCAUAAAUCCCCGGGGCAAAAAGCAGGAUCCUAACUGUACAACUGCUGGGGAUGGGGGAUGAGGCAGAAUAGAAUUGCACAGCAAGCAGAAAUUCAGCUAGUGAAGUUUUUUUUCUAUUGGUGCAUCCUCAUGCUGCAGGGAAAAGUUCAGUCGUGACUUAUCCUGUUAAAGAUGGACAAAUCUUUCUGAGAGGGGGGAAGGGUGCUAUCCAUUCUGUGCUUGUCAGCACACAGCCCAGUUGGACUUUUUUCUUCAUUAAAUGGGAUUAUAAACCUCAA